AUGAUUUCAACUAUUUCGAAAACAGUAAUAAUUGUGGAUCUUGGUUUAUCCAAAUCUCUGGAUACUAAUUCUGGAUCUCUUGAAGAUGGAAUGGUUGUUUAUUCUGAUUCACAAUAUUUAAAAAAUAUUUCAUUAUACAAGUGGAAUAAGGCUUUUGAUAUCAAUAACAUUGGUGUUUAUUCUGAGAAAUUUCAAAAAUCUUCAAUUAAUGGUAUUCCAUUGGAUUAUAUAGAUAUUUAUCGCAAGUCUUGGUUCGAUAAUCCAGCAGAACACUUUCAAUAA